CAAGUACAAAGCGCUCAUCCCCUUUGUGGCCCACUGUUCAAGGUUAGCGUCAAUGGCAGAAUAAAAGGCUGUGCCUUUCAUCCUGAGCCAACUCAAUAUAUGUUAAUGCUAAUGCAUCCUCCAAGCCUCCGUGUCUGAGCACUGUGCACUCACAGCCUGAAAGCUUGUCGGCAUGACAAAGACAUGUCUCUAUGGCAACAGAGUUGCCAACAGCUGGAUUACUGCAUGUUUGGACAUGUAGCGUUGCCUCAAGCUUUCCCCGGGUCGCUGUGUGACAGACACAACCUGCCAGAUUACGAGAGCAUCAGACAGGCAUCAUAUAUAGGCCUCAAGAUGACUUGUCCUCUGUCUCGCUCUCUCGCUCCAAGUCCCUGGAUAUUGAUUGGGACCCUCCUGGAAGGAGCAAGGAAAAAAAAGAUGAAUAAGGAGCCAGUGGCCAUGAACACUUCUCUCACUCGGCCUAACAUGAGGGGAAGGACAAUCAUGUGCCGCACCUGAGAAGCAGGUGAUGCAUUUCUCGGAUCACUUUCAAUGAAAACUUACCUCACCAAAAACCACAGGGACAUAUUUAAGGAAUUUUACAUGAAGAGUGUUUCAGCGCAUACAGAAGAAUUCCCAUCCAUUAAUGUAUAGUUCUUAAAUGACACCACCAGAAAUAAAAUGUGGUACAGCUGCACACAUCACCGGCACUUAACAGGAACUUGGUGCCAUAAAAAGCAUUUCACAGGUGCCUGCCUGUUUUCCAGGAAAUUCUCCGCGUAGUUCCCCUACACUGGCUGUAACGCACGAUGUCACAGAGGCCUCCAUCGAUCAAGACAGAUUUCCCUGAAAUCAACUGCUUGAUUGUCACACGCCGCCGUGUCCUGUACAGCCAAACGCUCCUCACACGAGCACACAGGCGUGCGUAAAGUCAUCUGUAAACACGAUCACACACAGUGGGGUAAAUAACUGCCGGUAUCUUUUGCAGCGUCGGGAGCAGUGGCGCGAGGCUUCCUCUCAGAUGUUGAAAGCCCAAUCUGUAUCAGGAACAGCAAACCGAAAAAAGCAAUUUGCUUUGUCACACAGAGACAUGCUUGACUACACUGAAUAAUUGCACUGCAGCUCUGGAAAGAGCUGUUUUCCUUUUAUCUAAUGAAUGCCUCCAGGGGACGGAGCGCGGGGAUCUGUGUUUUCUAUCUAUCUGUGUGUGUGUGUAGGUGUGUAGGUGUGUGUGUGUGUGUGUGUGUGUGUGUGUGUGUGUGUGUGUGUGUGUGUGUGUGAGCACUAUACGUGUCUCAGGAUUUCUGCAUGUACGUGUCGACAUGUAUAAGAUAAGCAGUCGAGGCGUAAAGAAGACUUUCUCUGCCCUGUCGCUGUCUGAUCCGUUGUCCCACGCUGCUCGCUCUGCGUUCACACCGCUCCACCGCAAUACAUCGAUUCAUCAAAUCUGCAUGUUGCUUCUCGGCUGUGUCCAGUUUCAGGUUUGGGGCAGUCCUCCGAUUCAAUAAUGCAGAAUCAGGCUGGAGAAUAAAAAGCCCGUGUGCCUUGCUUCAGACACUAACUCCUGAGAAGUGCUGAGUCCGCAGUCUGCUGCCCGCCGGGCUGCCUCUGUGGAGCUUGGCAGAGCGGUGGAGAAGCUGGAGGGAUGACCACAGCCAAACCCUCCAUAACUAAACAGUGCAGUACUAAAGUUGUCACCAUUAUAUACAUUUACUUACUGUUUUACAACCUGUUUAAAUAUAUAUUAUAUUUAUUAUUCUUUUUGCAAUUACUAUAAACCUGUCAAACACCAAUAUAUAAAUACAUAUAUAGCGUUAUAGAUUUUAUGUCAUGUCCCUGUUGUGUAUCUCCCUCCUAGUAUCCUGCCUGUUUUCCCUUUAUUGUGUUUCCAGUUGGUCCCCCGUUUGUGUGUGUGUGUGUGCCUUCCCUUCCCCUCCUGCUACCAAUUAACCUGCACAUAGAACCCAUUUCAGUCAUCAAGCCCCACAGUUUAUCUCGCCCAGUUGUCCCUCCGCUCCUCGCCAUGUCUUCUUCUCACACUGAACUACUUGUACGGCCAAACUUGAUUCCUGACAAAUUGUUUGUUGUCGACCUUCUGUCUAACGGUUAUCUGUGCUUCCCCCAGCCUCAGUCCCUCUGCUUCCCCUCUGAACCCCCUGGUCUCAGUCUUGCCGACCCAGUCGACCACCAGCCCACACGGAUUCUUCCUGUCCAGCCCGCAGAGGACGCAGAUCCCCGAUUUUCCAACUCUGGUUCGGUUAAAUAAUCAGAACUGAGCUACUCUUGCUCCGUUGUUCUGAUUCUUGGGUCCAGCCCUGCACAACAAUGACAUGUGAUCUAAAGAUGAUCUCUCUACUUCUGCACUAGUCUUUGUUUUAGUUUUUGAUCUUUUACUGGCGCGCUUUUCUUUUCAUACAUAUUAAAUGAACAUUGUCGCAGGAGCCUGAUAUACAAAAUUUCCAUUGCCAACAACUGCUUCUCUCUAAUUGUUGCGCACAUGUCUAUAAAUAACUCCAACUUGAGUCCAGAGGACUGGGAGAGGCGCAUUUGGAGACUAAGAUUUAAAAACCAGCACUUCUUUCUUUAUUAUUGGCCACGUCAGAAUCCAGAGGCAAAGAAGAAAGUCCUGUUCUGGGCGAAGGAGAAGUUCAUGCGCAUGUGUUCAGCGGCAAUGAAGACAAAGAGACGACACACAUGAGGCCAGGAAGACGGCACCUUCUCUGAUGCCUGCUUGUUCAGGGAAAGGCUCUGUACCCGAGCCCCGAGGAGGGCUGGCAGAUCUACAGCUCGGCCCAGGACGCAGAUGGGAAGUGUAUCUGCACCGUGGUCGCACCGGCCCAGAACAUGUGUAACCGCGACCCACGCAGCAGGCAACUUCGCCAGCUCAUGGAGAAGGUUCAGAACAUUAGCCAGUCAAUGGAGGUGCUGGACCUGCGGACGUACAGGGACCUCCAGUAUGUAAGGAACACAGAGCGCCAAAUGAAAGUGGUGGAUGGAAAGCUGAAGGUGGCCUCUGAAAAUCCCCGCAGCCUCAAUCCAAAGGGCUUUCAGGAGUUGAAAGACAAAGUGGCCCAGCUGCUCCCCUUGCUGCCGGUGCUGGAACAGUACAAGACAGACGCCAAGAUGAUCCUGCAUCUUCGGGAGGAGGUGAGGAACCUGUCCUUGGUGCUGAUGGCCAUCCAAGAGGAGAUGGGAGCCUAUGAUUACGAGGAGCUGCGCCAGAGAGUCCUGCUGCUGGAGACCAGGCUCCACUCCUGCAUGCAGAAACUAGGCUGUGGGAAGUUGACUGUCGUCAGUAAUCCCAUCACGGUGCGUGCAUCAGGGUCGAGGUUCGGCUCCUGGAUGACCGACACCAUGAUCCCCAGCUCAGACAACAGAGUGUGGUCCAUGGAUGGUUACUUCAAGGGGCGGCGUGUCCUGGAAUACCGGACAAUGAAUGACUUCAUGAAGGGGCAGAACUUUGUGCAACACCUGCUGCCUCACCCCUGGGCAGGCACUGGUCAUGUGGUCUACAACGGCUCACUGUACUACAACAAGUACCAGAGCAACAUCAUCAUCAAGUACCACUUCCGUUCUCGAAGUGUGCUGGUGCAGCGCAGCCUGAGCGGGGCCGGCUAUAACAACACCUUUCCCUACUCCUGGGGCGGCUCCUCCGACAUCGACCUGAUGGCGGAUGAGAACGGCCUGUGGGCCAUUUACACCACCAUUCCCAAUGCUGGGAACAUUGUCAUCAGCCGCCUGGAGCCCCAGAGUCUGGAAGUGCUGCAGACUUGGGACACAGGCUUUCCCAAGCGCAGUGCUGGAGAGUCUUUCAUGAUCUGCGGUACACUUUAUGUCACCAACUCCCACCUGGCUGGUGCCAAGAUCUACUUUGCCUACUACACCAACACGUCAAGCUACGAGUACACAGACAUCCCUUUCCACAAUCAAUAUUCCCACAUCUCCAUGAUGGACUACAACCCCAGGGAGAGGGUCCUGUACACCUGGAACAAUGGACACCAGGUGCUCUACAAUGUCACACUGUUCCAGGUUAUUAAGACUUCUGGGGACUGAGAGCCCUCAGACUCAAAUGAUGCUGGGAUCAUUGUUCGGGCAGGGGCGAGUGAGCUGGGUGGAGGAGGGUAGGGUUGUGGGUGGUGGGGGUUCGGGGCUUCAUUGUGAGGGCAUAGGCUUGGAUUUUUUUUUAAAGAAUUUCAAUCUUCAUAGAGUGCUAUUAUUCACAUUCUCAACAAAAAACAACACUCCGGCAGCCAGGUCGGUAAAGAUACAAAGACUGGGCGCUUCUCUUAUUUUUCUUUCUGUGAUGAGUAAGCAUGGUUCUUUUUAUUUGUGAUGAGAAAUAAAUAUCAAUCUUUACCAUU